UCUGCUUUAGGGAACGUUGAUCCGCGUGUUGGACAUACCGCUCUCCUAGCACCUGAUAAUCGCACUAUAGUUAUCUUAGGAGGAACACAAAGUUACGGGCUUAAUCAGACCACACCAUAUCCAAUUUUUGUAUUACUAGAUAUUAGUUCUGAACCUUGUCAAUAUUCAA